AUGGUAGAAUAGCAAUAAACCAAUACUGUAGCAGAGAAUAUCAUAGUGUUUGAUCCAAAAUCCAUAAAUUUGAACGAAAGGCACACUAAGAUCAUGGGAACAUUUAUCAUAAAUGGAAUGGAUAGCAUUAGAAUCUUUUGCGAUGAUGGAUAUGAAACUUGCUAAAAACUUAUCCAGACUGGCAGGAAAUCAGCAUAGGAUUCAAAUAGAAGAAUUUCUGUAUGUAUAGAAAUGAGAUAAUCAAAGAAAUUAUCUGUGGGCUAGAUUGCUAAAGAUGAUUUAAUGCAGCUAAAAAUCGGAGAAAAAUUAAGAAUCACCACGGAUGAAAGUGUCAUUGGCACUAAGGGAAUAAUCUCAGUCAAAAAUUUCCAUAGUUUUCCUGAGGAACUAUUAGAUGAAUGCAGCAUGGUUUUCUUCGAUAUGGGAAGUAUUUGCGCACAAAUUAAGCAUGUUGAAAAAGAUUUUAUAGAAUGUGAAGUUUAAAAUGAUGGAAUUAUAUAUGAGAAUUCAUAAGUUAGCUUUGCUCAUCGGGGAAACUCUGAUAAUAAAUUUGAGAUGAAUCAUUCAGAGGAGGUUCUUUAAUCUAGUGAUGUCAAAUUUUGCUUGGAAAAUGAAGUCGAUUAUAUUAUUCACUCCAUUUAUAAUGGCAAAAAUGAAAUACUUGAACUACAAAAAAUGAUUGAUUAAGAGAAAUAAAAGAUUCCUGAUUAUAAAUAAGACUAAAAUGUAAAGAUAAUAGCAAAGCUUGAAAAUGAAAAUGCAAUUAUUGAUAUUGAGGGGAUCCUAGAAGUAGCAGAUUGUAUUAUGAUACCUCGGGGUGUAUUAGGCACAGUGCUACCUAUCGAAAAAAUCAGCUGGAUACAAAAGAAGAUAGUAAAGUGCUGCAAUUAAGCAGCUAAACCAUGCAUUUUAGCUUCUUAAUUUUUGGAUUCGAUGGUUCAUAAUCCAUUCCCAUAAAGAGCUGAAGUUACUGAUAUUUAUUCUGCUGUUAUGGACGGUGCAGAUUGUCUUUUAUUGAACUCUGAGACUACGAUUGGAAAAUACCCUAUCGAGGCUAUUAAGACUAUGAAUGAAGUGUGCAUGAAUGCUGAAAGGCACUUUAGUUAUCGGGACUUCUUUAUUGAAAUGCUUACAAAGGCUGAGAAACCUAUGCAAACAGUAGAAGCUGUUGCUAACUCCUGCGUUAAGAGUGCCUUCAACCUUUAGAGUAAUGUCAUUAUUUGUGUCACUGAUAUCGGAAGGGUCUCACGUAUGAUCAGUAAAUACAAACCUUAUUCUUAGGUAAUCGUACUCUCUACCAAUAAAAGGCUUGCGAAUCAAUGCUGCUUAUCUAGAUCUUGUAAUGGAUUAUGGGUUAAUGAUGUAAACAAUGUCAACCUUAUGAUCUUAAGUGUUGUUGGCAUCCUUAAAUAAUAGGGUCAUGUUAAGGAAAACGAUGAUAUAGUGUUUGUAUCUGGAGUUAUGGACAUUCAAAUUAAGAGUCAGUUCCAAAUGAAAUUAAUACAAGUUUGA